CUCGCGGCUCUCUCGCCCUGCAAGUUUUAGGGCAAGUUUUUCGAGAUCAACCAUAAACCCUUUCCCUAUUUUCAUCUCCUCCCUUUCCUUUUCCGUAAACUUCAACACAGACGGAAACCCUGAAGCUCUGCCUGCAUUUAGCCUUUCUUUUUCGUCACCUGCACAGUGGACCUGCGGAUCUGCCACUUUGAAGACUGAACACACACACACACACAUACACACACACACCCACACACACACACACCCACACCCACACCCACACACACACCACAGGCUGAAAGAUGGACACCCAGAGCGAGGUUGUCACCAGAUUGCGGUCAGUGUUUGCGUCAGGCGUCACACUACCGGAAGAGUUUCGUCGAGCUCAGCUGACCAAGCUGAUGUUGAUGGUGAAAGAAAACCAGGAACUGAUUGUGAAAGCGAUGCACAAAGACUUGUCCAAGCCAAAGUUUGAGGCCAUCCUGUCCGAGGUCCAGAUCGUGAUCAACGAUCUGCACUUCACCAUCAAUAACUUCUCGAGCUGGAUGAAGCCCGAGUACGUCAGCAAGAACCUGGCAACAAGGCUGGACACUUGUUUUGUACGGAGGGAACCAUUAGGGGUCGUGUUAAUCAUCGGGGCGUGGAACUACCCCGUGCAACUCAUUCUUUUACCUCUAAUAGGAGCCAUUGCUGCAGGAAACUGUGUGGUCAUCAAGCCUUCAGAGGUCAGCGCUGCCACAGACAGUCUGAUAGCAGAUCUCAUCCCCAAGUAUUUGUCUCAGGACUGUUACGCUGUCGUUCGAGGGGGAGCGGAGGAGACCAAGUCCCUUCUGCAGAACCGUUUCGACCACAUCUUCUACACAGGUUCUCAAACUGUGGCGCGCAGCAUCCUGCAGGCGGCUUCCGUCUACUUAACUCCGGUGACGUUGGAGCUGGGCGGAAAGUGUCCCUGCUUGAUAUACGGUCGUAUUGACAUCCCGGCAGCCGCUCGCCGGUUAGUGUGGUCCAAGUUUUUUAACGCCGGUCAGAGCUGUGUCGCUCCGGACUAUGUCCUCUGCUCGCCGGCCGUCCGGGACACCCUGGUGCCCAUGAUCCGGCAGACUCUAGAAGACUUCUACAGCAAGGACCCUAAGAGCUGUCCCGACCUGUGCCGCAUCGUGUCCUCCCGACACUGGACUCGACUGGUGGAGAUGCUCGGGAAGACUGAUGGCAAAGUCGUUAUCGGAGGAGAGAGCAGAGAGGAGGACAAGUACAUGGCUCCCACGGUGGUGACGGACGUGACCGAAGACGACGCUCUGAUGAAGGAGGAGAUCUUCGGCCCCAUCCUGCCCAUCCUGACCGUGGACUCUCUGCAGGAAGGCAUCAAUUUCAUCAACCGCCAGGAGAGGCCGCUCGCUCUCUACGUUUUCUCUGACGAAUCCCACAUUGUGAACAAGGUGCUGGAAAAUACCAAGAGUGGAGGAUUCUGCUCCAACGACGGGAUCGUCCACAUGAGCAUGCCGACGCUGCCUUUUGGAGGGAUAGGGGCCAGCGGUUGUGGCCAAUACCACGGACACUAUAGUUUUGAGACGUUCAGCCACCGGCGAGGCUGCAUGCUGCGCGGCUGGGCUCUGGAGAGACUGAACUCCCUGCGCUACCCCCCCUACACAGACAGCAAACUCAGCUGGCUGACCUGGAGCACCUCGGCCGAGAGCACCUGCUCCCUCAUGUGAAGACGGGGCAGGGAGAGUGUGUGAGUCGGUCCGAGUACACGUGUGAGAGAUCGUUCUCUUUUCCCCCUCGCUCUGGGGAGGUGUUUGUUUAUCAUUCUGGGCGCUUGUGUAACGUUUUCUUUACCUUAUUUUUUGCACUUUCUAUGACACUGUAUUUGUCUCUCUGUCAAACACUUAUUUUGUAGAUCCAUUUUUCCUUGUGAUCGUGUCUAACUGCAGAAAAAAAUCCAGCUCUUUGUCUCCGAGUUCUUGUCAUGCACGCACUUAACUUUCAGGGUGUCAUCUUUUUUGCACAGUGUUGAUUUAGGGACUUGAUUUAUCCCUCACAUCAGGGAUACCUCGGUUUGCUUCCUUGUUUUAUUCUCUUGCAGAAAACUUUACACACUUUUUUUUUUUAUUGUUGGUUUAUUUUCUCUCGGUGUCGGAGGAGAUUGACCUCCGUCCUUGUCCGUUUCUUAACAAUGUUCUCUUUGAAAUAAUGUAAAUAAACCUGAUUCAUACUAAUAAAAAUAUUUGUACUUAAUGGCCAA